UCCACAAAGGACAUCCUGCCAGGAGAUCCAAGAUCCAGAAGGUGGUGCUCCGCGAGUCACUCAGUUUUCCCAGAUUCCCACCAUUUCUGGACACAGCCUGCUUCAGCCCAACCAGCCAAGCCCUAUUUCAAAACCUACAGGACCCGAUGCCCUGGAUACAACCCCUCGACUUGGCACCAUGGAGCUCGGAGGGGCCUUCACCAUCUUCCUGGCACUCUGCUUAUCCUGUCUGCUCAUCCUCAUUGCCUGGAAGCGGAUCAACAAGGGGGGAAAGCUACCGCCAGGCCCCACACCGAUCCCCUUCCUGGGGAACCUGUUACAGAUCCGCACAGAUGCCACCUUUCAGUCUUUCAUGAAGCUCAGGGAGAAAUAUGGCCCAAUCUUCACCGUGUACAUGGGUCCCCGGCCAGUAGUUAUUUUAUGUGGACAUGAAGCAGUGAAGGAGGCCCUGGUAGACCGAGCAGAUGAGUUCAGUGGCCGUGGAGAAUUGGCUUCAAUAGAACGAAACUUCCAAGGUUAUGGUGUAGCUCUGGCUAAUGGAGAACGAUGGAAGAUUCUCCGACGCUUCUCCUUGACCAUUCUUCGGGACUUUGGGAUGGGAAAGCGCAGCAUUGAGGAGCGGAUCCAGGAGGAGGCUGGCUUCCUGCUGGAGGAGUUACGGAAGACAAAGGGUGCGCCCACCGAACCCACUUUCUUCUUGAGCCGCACUGUCUCCAACGUCAUCAGUUCCGUCGUCUUUGGAAGCCGCUUUGACUAUGAGGACAAGCAGUUCCUGAAGCUUCUGCAGAUGAUCAACCAGAGUUUCAUUGAGAUGAGCACACCCUGGGCACAGCUAUAUGACAUGUACUCCGGAAUCAUGCAGUAUUUGCCAGGAAGACACAAUCGCAUCUACUACUUGGUAGAAGAGCUCAAGGACUUCAUUGCCUCCAGGGUCAAGAUCAACGAGGAGUCCCUUGACCCACAGAACCCCCGGGACUUCAUUGACUGCUUCCUCAUCAGGAUGCACCAGGAUAAAAAUAACCCCCACACAGAAUUCAACCUCAAGAACUUGGUCCUCACCACUCUCAACCUCUUCUUUGCUGGCACAGAGACUGUAAGCUCCACGCUGCGCUACGGAUUCCUGCUGCUGAUGAAGCAUCCUGAGGUGGAAGGGAAGAUCCAUGAAGAGAUUGACCAGGUGAUUGGAUCACAUCGGAUGCCAAGUGUGGAUGACCGAGUCAAGAUGCCCUACACAGAUGCCGUGAUCCAUGAGAUACAGAGACUGACAGAUAUUGUGCCCAUGGGUGUUCCACACAAUGUCAUUCGGGACACUCAUUUCCGAGGCUACCUUCUGCCCAAGGGCACUGACGUGUUUCCCCUGCUUGGCUCAGUCCUCAAAGACCCCAAAUACUUCCGCUACCCAGAUGCCUUCUACCCCCAACACUUCCUGGAUGAGAAGGGCCGCUUCAAGAAGAAUGAAGCCUUUGUGCCCUUUUCUUCUGGAAAGCGUGUCUGCCUUGGCGAGGCCAUGGCCCGCAUGGAACUCUUCCUCUACUUGACCUCCAUCCUUCAGAAGUUCUCCCUACGCCCGCUGGUGCCACCUGCUGACAUCGAUGUCACCCCCAAGAUCUCGGGCUUUGGCAACAUCCCCCCAACCUAUGAGCUCUGCUUGGUGGCUCGCUGA